AUGGCAGCUUGCACGGGAAUGCAGUCCGUCCUCCUGUCCGCAGAGCUGUCUGUCAUUAAUGGAGAGACUUACCACCUGAUGCUGUGGCUGCUGGUCCUGACUCUCCCCUGUCUGGGGGGCUCCGUACCUGUGACCUCAGAUCCUGGCCCAGGGACUGAGCUGGUGGGCAUCGUGGGGGGGCAUGAUGCUGCCAAUGGGGCGUGGCUGUGGCAGGUGGGCCUGUGGUUCUUCCAUCCAAUAAGUUCUGAGUGGAUUCUUUGGUGUGGGGGCUCCCUCAUCCAUCCCCAGUGGGUGCUGACCGCUGCCCACUGCAUUCCAGAGCUCACGGUGCUGGGUGACAUUGCUUCAGGAGGUGAGAACCAGGAUGACACGUGGGAGUGGGAGGAGGAGACUGAGGGCGAUGCAGGGGGCGGGCCGGGCUCUACAGAGGAGGCUCAGCUGGGGUCUGAGCUGGGCUCCCUCCGGGAGCCGCUGCCGCCGCCCAAAAAUCUGCAGGAAGUGGAGGUCCCCAUCGUGGCGAAUGAGAUCUGUCGGCAGCAAUAUGGCAAUGUUAUCACGGACGACCAGCUGUGUGCCGGGAGCUGGGGACGGAGCACCUGCCAGGGUGACUCUGGGGGCCCCUUGGUCUGUAAAUGGAGGGGCACCUGGGUCCAG